AUGUUUCAAGGCGGCAGGAGUACAAUGAGUCUUAUAACAAUGCCAAGUAUUGAUGAGGAACAACGCCAUCCUAGAGCCAUUCUUCAAACGAAUCAAUCAACUAUUAGCUCUGAAAUUCUUAAUUUACCACGCACUGUUAUUGAUGUGUUUGAUGAUAUAUAUUCAAGUCGAGUUCAUCGAAGAUGUAUUGAUUUCAGUUAUUUCACGUUGCUUUCAAUGACAUUAGGAGUUGUUUUUUGGGUAGCUUAUUGGAUAUCAUCUAAUCGAUGUCAAAAUUUGAGAAAUCCUCAAUCAAACUCAUCUAUUUGUGAUUUUGUCAUCGUUUUUCAAGUAUUCUCAAUAAUAUCAAUUAGUAUUUCACCAUUCUUAUUUAUACUUAUGAUUUAUUCAUGGAUACGUUAUUCGUGUCAUAAUCCGUUAGAUCCGAUUCGAAAUAAAUUUCUUGAAUUAAAAUUAGAAGAUAAUCUAUGGCAACAGCAAUUAAGUUAUUAUUAUAAUGUGAAGAUGUCAAGAUAUUCUCGUUGUCUACGUCGUAAACAAGAAAUGGAAUUACAUGAACGAGGUUAUGGCUAUGUCAUAUUGUCAUCACAUGGGAUUAUUCUUGAUGAAUUAAUACUCUUAAGUGCGCGAACUAACAUAAUUGAUGAGGGCGUUAUUUAUAAUGAUGAAAACAUAUUGAAAUUAACUUUUAAAAAAACUUGUCUACGACCGUGGAAAAUCCAUCUUUCAAUUUAUCUACCUGAGAAUUAUGUUGAGCAACGCUAUAGAGAAAAGCUCAUGCAAAUAUUAAAAAUUCAGAUUCGAAUUGAAAAUAUUUUUCCACAUAAUUCGUAA